AUGGGGAGGUUUCAUAAACUUCCUCUCUUAGGUUUAGUUUUGUUCCUCGGUCUGACCGGCUCACUUACCGCCGCCAAUGAGUAUGCCUGUUCUAGUACCGAUAUACACUUUACCCGUGCCAAUUUCCCUAAAGGUUUCAUUUUUGGUACCGCAACUGCUGCUUUUCAGGUCGAAGGAGCUGUAGAUGAAGGAUGUAGAGGUCCAAGCAUGUGGGACAUUUACACCAAGAAAUACCCACAUAAAUGUAAUUAUCACAAUGCCGACGUUGCUGUCGACUUCUACCAUCGUUACAAGGAAGAUAUCAAGUUGAUGAAACGUCUGAACACUGAUGGCUUUAGAUUUUCCAUUGCAUGGCCCAGAAUUUUUCCCCAUGGUAGGAUGGAGAAAGGAAUAAGCAAAGCAGGUGUGCAGUAUUACCACAACCUUAUCGAUGAGCUCCUCGCAAAUGAUAUAACACCAUUAGUAACUGUUUUUCACUGGGACACUCCACAAGACUUAGAAGAUGAAUACGGUGGUUUCUUAAGCGACCGCAUUAUAAAGGAUUUUACGGAGUAUGCAAACUUCACAUUCCAAGAGUACGGAGACAAAGUGAAGCAUUGGGUCACAUUUAACGAACCAUGGGUGUUCAGUCGAGCUGGCUACGACAUUGGGAAAAAAGCACCGGGACGUUGUUCCAAGUACAUCAAAGAACAUGGAGAGAUGUGUCAAGAUGGACGAUCAGGAUACGAAGCUUAUAUCGUCAGUCAUAACAUGCUCUUGGCACAUGCCGAUGCCGUUGAUGCCUUUAGGAAAUGCGACAAGUGUAAAGGUGGUAAAAUUGGGAUUGCUCAUAGUCCAGCUUGGUUUGAGGCGCAUGAGCUCUCGGACGAAGAACAUGAAACUACUCCUGUAACCGGCCUGAUCGACUUCAUAUUGGGAUGGCAUUUGCAUCCGACCACAUAUGGAGACUAUCCACAAUCGAUGAAGGAUCAUGUCGGACAUCGACUGCCAGAAUUCACAGAGGCACAAAAGGAGAAGUUGAAAAAUUCUGCUGAUUUUGUAGGAAUCAAUUACUACACUUCAGUAUUUGCAUUGCACGAUGAAGAGCCAGAUCCUUCGCAACCAAGUUGGCAGAGUGAUUCCCUCGUGGACUGGGAACCAAGGUAUGUGGAUAAAUUAAAUGCUUAUGUUGCCAAGCCUGAUGUAGCGAAAGUUGAAGUCUACGCAAAGGGAUUGAGGAGCCUACUGAAAUAUAUUAAGGAUAAAUACGGAAAUCCAGAAAUCAUAAUCACCGAGAAUGGAUAUGGAGAGGAUCUAGGCGAACAAGACACAAGUCUUGUAGUGGCGCUCUCAGAUGAGCACAGAAGAUACUAUAUUCAGAGCCAUCUCUUGAGCUUGCACCAAGCAGUUUGCGAUGAUAAAGUAAAUGUUACGGGGUAUUUUCUUUGGUCAUUGAUGGACACUUUCGAAUGGCAAGAGGGAUACAAUGCGAGGUUUGGUCUUUACUAUGUCGACUACAAAAAUAAUUUGACGCGCCACGAAAAACUAUCAGCCCAAUGGUACUCGAGUUUCCUCCACGAUGGACUGAAAGGGUUUGAAGAUGAGCAUGAUGGAGGACUCAAAGGGUUCGAAGAUGAUGAGCACGAUGAGUUGUAG